UUUUGAACUUAUCUCGUUUCCCAAUGUUUUCCUAGACAUACAGUGAUAAUAAAUAAUCAUAAUUAAACAUAAGUAGUUUCAGAAGUGUUGUCUAAUCAAAUAUUAUACGUUUAAAAUGUCGAAACAAAAUGUUUUGUUCCACCCCAUUAUUAGCUCUAUACAGAGGAUAGCUUUAUAUGAAACGAAAGCUAGAUUCUACCUAAUAGGUUCAAACAACACCCAAACUCGCUUCAGAGUGUUGAAGAUCGAUAGGACGGAUCCUCGGGACCUGAUAUUGGUAGAUGACAAGGUGGAGUAUAAUAAACAAGAGAUCCACCAACUGCUGAACAUGAUUGGUUUUGGUAACCGCACUGGCAGGACAUCCAGCUUCAACAAACUUGUCUCUGCUUUUGGCAUUGUUGGUUUCAUCAGAUUCCUGGAAGGGUAUUACAUAAUUUUAGUGACGAAACGAAGGAAAAUCGCCAUGAUUGGCUUACAUUCCAUAUAUAAGAUAGAAGACACAGCUAUGAUAUACAUUCCCAAUGACACAAGCAAGCCACAACACCCCGACGAACAGAGAUAUGUAAAGAUGUUUCUAGCAAUGGAUUUGUCUACUAACUUCUACUACAGUUAUAGCUACGACAUAACUCAUACUCUGCAGAUGAAUAUGGCACCUCCUAGGAGACUGGCUCCAGCAUUAUUUCCUAAGCCAGUUACAGCUGCAGUGUAUCACUCCAACCUGAGAUCUAGUUCUUGUCAAGAAGAGCCACAAUGCACCUGCAAGGAAGAUGAUGAUGAAGAUAUAUUCGAGACUUGGAAGAAACAGUUGCAACAGAGACAAGAAAAGACUGGUCAAAAAAGCCAAAGACUAGAAUUCGGAGUUCGCACAGUACCUGAGUGGAGGUUUGUGUGGAACAGCCACCUCCUGUCCGCUGUUCACUCACACUUGCACCCUGACUGGAUACUAUACAUAGUCCAUGGAUUUAUAGAACAGAGUAAUCUGAACAUCUUUGGGAGACCAAUAUUCUUGACUCUUAUAGCACGAAGAAGCAACAGAUACGCCGGCACAAGAUUCCUAAAGAGAGGUGCCAACAUGCAUGGGGAUGUAGCCAAUGAGGUGGAAACUGAACAGAUUGUUCACGAUUCCAUGGUAUCUUCAUUUACAUCUGGCAGAUUCAGUUCUUUCGUCCAAAUGCGAGGCUCCAUACCCAGUUACUGGUCUCAGGAUGUAUCCAAGAUGGUGCCAAAGCCUCAAAUCCUGAUCGACCAGAGUGAUCCUUUUGCAGAAAUCCCAGGAAAGCAUUUAAAUAACUUGAUGAGGCGAUAUGGUUCUCCGAUAAUGUUCCUGAAUCUAGUCAAGAAACGAGAGAAGAAGAAGCAUGAGUCUUUAUUGACAGAUGUGAUCAGCAAUGCAGUGAAAUAUCUAAACCAGUUUCUACCACCAGAACAUGGGAUUCAGUACUUCCAUUUAGAUAUGGCGCGCAUGAAUAAGGGAACUGACGCCAUGGUGCUUGAUAAAUUAACAGCGAUAGCCGGCACCGUGGUCCGUCGCACGGGCGUGUUCCUGAGCGCUUGCGGCUACAGCGACGAUAGCGGCGUGGCGGGCCACCAGGCGGGGCGGCUGCAGACCGGCCUGGUGCGCGUCAACUGCGUCGACUGCCUCGACCGCACCAACACGGCGCAAUUUGCUAUCGGCAAGUGUGUGCUCGCUCAUCAGCUCUACGCCCUAGGACUACUUGGAGAGCCAGUGAUCGAGUUCGACUCAGACUGCGCGAGACUGCUCGAAGGAUUGUACGAGGACCACGGCGAUACUCUAGCGCUGCAAUACGGCGGGUCGCAGUUGGUUCACAGGAUAAAAACUUACCGUAAAACGGCGCCAUGGUCGUCUCACGGCAACGAUAUAAUGCAGACUCUAAGCCGGUACUACUCCAACACGUUUUCUGACGCGGAGAAGCAGAACACUAUGAACUUGUUCCUGGGUUUGUUCAUCCCGGACGCCGGCCGGCCGCCCAUCUGGGAGUACACUAGUGAUUCCUCCCUGCAUCAUCCCGAAGCUACCGUCUAUAUACCGCAUAACAGGUCGUUAACAAAAUGGUGGGACGAGGAGGCGCUGCGCCACUUGCCACGCGCGUGUAACGAGAUGCGUAAAUUAUGCUGCGAGAUCAUCGGACUGCAGGGCGACGCGCUCGAGAUGCUCGACCCCUACCACGACUGCCACCGCCCCUUCGAGUACACGCAGUUCCACGACUGCUACGAACUCAAGAUGUGCCACACACUACGCGACUUGGCCCCGACAUUCACAGAGAGUUACAGCCCGUUCAUGGUCCGCGGACGUACCCUGGGCCAAGCCAAGGGGCCCACCUCUAAGAAUCCGGUCAUCAGUGGUCGUUCCAGCACCACUUCUAAUAAUUCAAGCGAUUCAAACAGCGACUCAUCGUCGGACGACGACCUGCCGAGCGCAGCAGCGGGCGCGCGGCCCUGCGCCCCCGCCCCCGCGGCCCCGCCCGCGCCCGCUGCGACGCUCUUCCCCGCCAUCAAGCGAACCGGACGCAACCUGAUACAUGAACCUGCUAAGCGGGACACGCUCAUUUACAAGCGCUACGUCAACUUCGACCGGCGAUCGAAUCCGCAUUACGAGAGCGACAUUCACAUAGUGAUGACGGUGAGCAGCGCGUUCACAAUCGACAGCACGACCCACGUGAUCCCGCCGACCGUGUCCCGCGCCGCCCGCGACGUCUACCGAGAUUAUGUCGCCCGCAGCACGGGACAUGUCACCGUGCCGCCAGAAUCGGUAGCGAUGUAUCACAAAUACGUAAAUUUUAGUUUGUAAUUAAAAAUAUUGGUGCCGAUUCCAGCAUACAAAACUUUAUUUUAUUUUAGUAUGACAGCUUCAAAAAUCUUCGCGAUUUUCGCUUACAACGAGUGCAAUAUAGAGAUAAAGCUAGUUUUAGAGCUGUCAAACUAAAUUAAAAUCAGUGAAUCAGCACCAAUACCUCUAUGUAAAAAAAUAUACCUAUGUAUAUAAAAUAUGUUACGUUGUUAUGUAUGUAAAUAAAAAAUAUCAUUGUUAUAUA